UUUAAUCUCAUAUAUAUAUAUUUUGGCUUAGUAUCCUGAAGUGUAGGGAGCAGCUAAAUGCAGAGCAGCCAUUUUCAGCCGGGCUGUGAUUCCCCAGGCGAAUUUGAGGCUUGAAGCAUCUUUCAUAAACUGAGAAUUGGAAGUUGUUGUUUUGACCGAGCCCAUGGGGUUACACUAAGGAGAUCUGACAAAAGCAGAGGCUGGGAAAACGGUUCGUUGGCUUUUAGGGCAUUAGAAGAGUCGAUUACCCUUUCUGCAGAACAUGAACCUCAUUGGGAGUUAUCAGCACCAUCACAUGAUGCCUGAACCCUUCAUAUUCACACCAGGCUCAAGAUGUCACCAGGAAAGACCUUAUUUCCAGGGAUGGGUGCUCAAUCCUGGAGAGGUGUCCCCAGAUUUUGCAACUCAACCGCCUUAUAGCCCAGAAUAUGGUGCAGUGGGACCUUCUCAAGCAAACAGCCGCAUGGAAACCCUUGGAGGUAGGCUCGGCAGAAGGAAAGGAUUGCCCCCCAAGAAGGAAAGGAGAAGAACUGAGAGCAUCAACAGUGCGUUUGCCGAGCUCAGAGAGUGUAUCCCCAACGUUCCUGCAGACACCAAACUCUCCAAAAUCAAGACUUUAAGGCUGGCUACUAGCUAUAUUGGCUAUCUAAUGGAUGUGCUGGCCAAGGACACUGAACCUGGGGCCACUGAAGGCUUUAGGGCUGAUCUAAAGAAAGUGGAUGUCAGGGAGAGCAAACGAAAAAAGGACCAGCAAAAUGAAGGAUUGUGGGGUUCAGUUCCCCCUACAGGGGAAAAGAAAUUAAAAGGAAGGACUGGUUGGCCUCAGCAAGUUUGGGCCUUAGAACUGAAUCCUUAAAAGUGUUUUAGGAGUCAAAAUGAAUGUACUGUUUGAUUUCCUGCAUAUGGAGACAAAGGAAAAAUAUUCACAAGCACUCUUCAGGCUGGGUCAGAGAAAUACACAGUCAUCUGUAAUUAGUGCAAUGUUUUUUGUUUUUUAUUUUUAUUUUAAAUAGGACCACAAGCAAACAGGACUUUGCAGCUUAAACACAAUGAUUUUCACAAGACAAAGCUGUGUAAACUACCUUGGAAACAUUUUGUGUGCGCUUUGAAAUAACAUUGCACACAAUGACUUCACUUCUAUCUGCAACAUUUAGCUAAAAAAAAAAAAUUCUUGUCACUUUCUGGAUUUUAUUUUUAUUUUUUUGUCAACGUGUCUCAGGGAAUUGAUCUAUGGAGGUAAACCCAAUGGUACCUCUAAGGUCCUUCUCUCUACAGGUUCUUUCAGGCCUUAUCCAACAUAAACAGUUAUAAUUCAGUUUUAAUAAAAACAGGUUUCAAACAUGAGAUUUGACACACAAAACAUGUACACAUGUAAUUUGAUAUUAAUACACACACAUAUAUAUAAAUAUCCAUUUCUCCAAGAAAUGGUUGGCACAAUACAUAAUUUGUACAUUUGAAACAGGCUAUUUUUUUUCCUGGAUGAAAGGGGAGGGAGAUGUCACCUAUCUUAAUUAAUUAAGGAUUUAUUCUGCAUUUCCAUUUACAUUUAGCAGAAUAUCAUCUUUAUUAAUUUUGUAAAUAAUAAAACUUUUUUUUUCACUUUAUGAAAAUGU